GAAUAAAUGUUCGAUAUCUGGAAGCGACCAAAUCCGUCCACUUCAACACUUGAGGAGGUUCAAAAUGAGAUGCAGUCAGGAAUGGCAUCAAAAAGUGUAAGUACUCAUCACUCUGCUUGGGAAGAAGAAACUACUUACAAGGAGACUUUAGUUAAGACAAAACGUACUGAUUUUACGUAUGGCGAUAGUUUAAUACCUUUAUCCCAACUUUGGAGAGUCACUUGCUGUCUCAUAUAAGUUGUAACGUGUCUGACUACAGGGCUGAACAAUGUCUGUCGUCCAAAUUUCAAAGGAUGCAUAAUUUUUAUCUUAAAACACUUUUGUAUGCUUUUCUGGUUAAGUACCAACUGGAGUUUAUCAGUAAUUACAACGGAUUUCGUUGCGGCAGUUAUCGUACGGAACGACUACACGAUACUUGGAUGUCACCGAAUAUGUCUCGCUUACCUUUAGGAUCAUCAAAAUUUAAUUCAUCCUCAGAAUCGUCGAAUCGUUUAACGGCACUAAAAACUCGCAACAUGCAUCCUAUGUUAAAUCGUCGUAUAUCGUCAAAAACUGAAAGUUCAACCAUAAUACGAACAAGUAGUUCAGAAAAUAUUGAAGACGGUAUCAAUAGCAGAUAUUCAGAUUUCUCUUCCACCAAUUCACAUAGCUCUAAAUCCCGAUUGCUGAGAUCUACGGCUAGAAAAUUUCAAAAUGAAAUGACUGGUUCUCACAAACUAAUUACAAGGGAAUAUCAAGUGUCACAUGAACUAGGAAUUAGUAAUAAACCAACUGGCUCUGAAAACUUAAAGCUCCACGACGAACAAGAUGAAUCUUUAAUUACUCCCACCGAACGAGCAAGACCACGUAAAUCAGAAAGACUAGCUUUUAAAAAUCAGUUAAAAUCACAACAGUCAUCAGCACUAGUUGACCUUGAUACUAUAUAUCGUCAAGAAACAUCCCCUUAUCUAUCAUUAACAUCAACAUUUGUCUAUCCGAAUCAACCACAAUCAACGUUGGAACCAAUGAUUAUGUCAUCAAAGGCUUUACAAAUGUCUAGCCAAGUAUAUAGUAAUGUGGGUAAUUCAGUAACCACAAAUACUGAUCCCUGGACGAAGCGUAUUUCAUCCAUAUGGGGAAGGUUGUCAAGUAAUAAUCCGUCUGUAAAUAGUUCAAAUGAUAAUCUUAGUUUUAGUAGUACACAAUCACAUGUGGUGCAAAGGCGGCCUACAGGAUGGUUGGCACGUCAUAUGUUUGGUUUGGAGAGAGAUAAUACUGAAGAUCUAAAUUUUGAAUCAAAGAAUACAGACGAUCAAUUUCUGUCUAGCGAUAUAGAGGAUAACUAUAAUGCUAAUAUUUCGUAUCAUAAAACUAAAAAUGUUGCCAAUAGAAACAAAACACUAGUUCAUUUUAAUCUGCCUCAUUCGAACUCAUUACAGUUUGAUUUUCUUUCACGCCGACGAAGAUUAUGUUUUUAUACCCAAUGUGUUUUAAACAGUUUCCGGAAUAUGUCUAUUCACCUUUUAGCGUUUUUAAUGGCUUUCAUUUAUGCUGUUGGAAAUAUUUUUCUAUAUAUCCUCAGUUGUUUACCACGAUUAUUCUGUUGGCUGUUUGCAAAAUUAUUUAGUGGAAAUGAUAAUUCUUCAAAUUUAUCUCUGAACUAUCACUCAAGAUUACGUACUGAUCUAUCGAGAUUUCAAAAUUCCACAGGUUCAUCAAGUUCCUAUGUACAGAGAAAUAAUAUCUUGAAUUGGUGCUUGCGUUUAGUACUACUGUUACUUAUCUUAUCCCCGUUAUUACUAAUUUUAAGCCUUUUGUUUGCACCAACUGAUAACUUUUCAAAUAAUUCGUCUUUAAAAUUGUUUCCAUUUUUCUCUGAUUCUAAUUGUACGUAUGAACUUUCUGAGACACGGCCGGAUAGUACUCAUCUUUGGAAUUUAUUUAUAUGGAAAACACGUUGUCUUUAUGUUCGUUAUUUUUUUUCAUCUGAGUUAAAUGAGGAUAACAGAAGAUCUGACAAAGAAAAUGAUUGGUGGCAAUGGAUUCCGUUCUACAGUUCAAGUAAAUCUAGUGAUCGAAUAGUUUUUGAUACAGGGAAUCUGAAUGAUGUGACAGCAAAUAAACUUUUUGAGCAGUUGACAUCACUUUCUCAAUCGGUCAAUAAGCGUUUGGACUUACUGUCACAGACAAUUAAGGUUACCGAUAAUAGUUUAGUCAACUUAAAACAAGACUUUAUCAGAAAAUCGGGUAUACUCAAUUUACAACUUAUUGAAAUGAGAAAUAUAUUUGAUCAUCAUAUCAAUCAAUGGAAUCACUUUUACCUGAAAUAUAACCAAUCUGAGCGUCUGUCCAAUAAUAAAGAUUUUAACUUUGCUGAUCACAAUGCAGCAUUUCGUAUAGAAAGCGAUCGUUUACUAAGGUUAGCCAUUGAAGCAGCUAAUCAUAAUAUCGCAACUCAGUUGGAUGAGCUACGUAGUAAAAUCCUACAAGACCUUAUAAAGUCCGAUCUGCAAAGAAAUAUGAGUAUUCAAAAUAUGUCAAUAUUGUUGAAUAGUUUACGUAGUCAGUUAAGUUUACGUACUAAAGAAACACGAAAUGAACUUCAUAGGCUACACUCGCAGUUGAGUAUAAAUAGUAAUCGAUCAAAGAAGUUUUUGGAUUUUGAAAACAAUUUACUUCAGUUGCAAAAUAAAAUCAAUUUAUUUACACUACGCAUGUCUGAUAUAGAAAGGUUGAAUGAAGAAUCUAAGUCCACCUUUACAUAUAUUAAGGAUGAAUUGAAAAGGUGUUCAGGAAAUGAAGAAAUUAGGAAACAUUGCCAUGAUGCAGUUAUUGAACAGGUGAACUUUGCUAUAACUAAUCUCUCUCAGUCAUUUUCAACUCAAGUUAAAGAAACUGUCCUGGAGACAAUAAUCAAUGAAUUAAGGGAUAGUGAUAGUAUGGAAAGUGCACUUCUCACUUACUUUAGACAAGUUAUAUCUACGCUGGCAAGAGAAUCCGUUGAUAAAUUAAUUUACAAUCGUCAUUCGGAAUUGAUCCCACAUUCACUUGAAAAUAAAGCAACUUUAGCUAAAAUGAUCGAUGAAGCUCUUCAUCGAUUUGCAGCUGAUAGGACCGGUCUUACAGAUUAUGCUUUAGAAUCAUCUGGAGGCUCUAUUGUUGGCACGCGUUGUACAAAAACAUAUACUGAAGGUGCAUCAUUAUUAAGUAUUUUUGGCUUGCCUUUAGUCCGUCUUAGCAAUUCCCCUCGAACAAUCCUACAACCUGGUAGUAAUCCUGGGGACUGUUGGCCAUUUCACGGAAGUAAAGGUCAAGCUAUCAUUCGUCUAUCGUCUCCAGUUAUUAUCAGUUCGGUGACUUUAGAACACUUACCAAGGGAACUCGCGCCAAAUGGAAGAUUGGACUCAGCUCCGAGAGAUUUUCUUGUGAAGGCACUUCAAUCAGAAUUUGAUGAUGGGGUAGUUUUGGGAGAAUUUACCUAUGAUGUGGAUGGUAGACCUAUACAAAAUUUUCCUAUAAGGGCAAGUUUAAUUAAUUAUCAUAUAAGACAUGAAACUUACGGACACGUGUUUCUAUAAGCUUUAACAGAGAUUUAAAAAGGAUUAUAGGAAUACGUAACCAACUGAAUGGACAUUUUUUGAUUGAGAGUUUUGUUCUUCAUAAUGUUCAUUGUUUGUAAGACAAAAAGGGUGCCCAGUGACCGUUGGUAAUCCAGUUUGUAUCAUUUCGUAGUGGGAUCUACCGUAAAUAAGUCGGGGAUGGCAAUAGUGCAUAAUAAAGCUAUUGUUUUUUUUUAAUCAAAGUACACAGAUAUAUCUGAACUCACUGACCCUAGGAUGCCGAGAAACCAAGGUUAGCCUGUCGUUACAUCUUACUGUGUUAGUCUUCAAAAUAUAUUUACCAUGAGCAAGCUAAAAGGUUACAAGUUUUAUGUUUGAUGCAAUAACAUCAAAUCAAUUUCGAAUUAAAAUGCCAAGAACAAGUCAAAAUUAUUCUCUGCCAUGUAUUUACAAUAAGUAUACAGGAAGUGAGGAAAUCAAACUUAGUUUUGAAUUAGAUUAGUGAAUCUGCCUAAUCAACGUCCUGUUAUUUUGGCACUAAUAAAAGAUUCUACAUCGAUUGUAGGCAAUUAGGUUAUCACGAUAUGCCAAGAAUUAACCAUAAUAUUAUUACCUUCACUUUUCGUUGUCAUUCGUUCUGUCGUUCCUGGAUUAUUCCCUUUAUCUUAUCAUUCGAAUUGGCGGACAACAAACAUUUCUUUGUCAAACAAUGAAUAAGCUUAACAAAAGAAUGUUAUGCGUUCAUUGGGCUCAGAUGGGAAGAUAUAGUAUGAAAUAGUGCGACUAGUUAUUUGUAUGGUCGAUUAGUAACUUUAACGAAGAUUAUUGAGAUUAAAAUCAGUUAUACGUAUAUAAGAUUACAGAAUAAGUUGACUGAUUCUAAGGAUUAUUGUAUGGCUAAUCGAGUAUUGCAUCUUCUCACACUUCCGUCUCAAACUCGCGCUUCAAAAUAAUGCGAAAAGUACUGAAAUCUUGUGGACGACUCAUUCAAUAAUAAUCUUUUGAGAUGGUCAAAGGUUUUUUGUGUCACUGUUGACUAGGAGAUAAAUUUAAGAUGUACAUAAGAGCAAUAGGGAUGAUUAUGUUGGAUCGGUCAGGCCGCCGGAAUAUAUCAAUUCAAAUUAUUUAUAUGGAAUUCUUGCAUGGUAUCAUACAGAAUAGAAGUGAAAUUACUCUUAGGUCAAAUUAUCACGGAGUUACGUGGUAAUAAGAGCUGUACAUUUAUACACAGGGGAUUCAAUAACUUUUCUGAACCAGACAUUCAACUCUUAAAUGCCAUAUGUACAAUUAAGUCAAUACAAUUAGUUUGCAUGGUAUGUGGAACUUACAUAAUUCUUUAUUUGUUUCCUUAGGAAUAUUCAAAACCUGUCCAAUUUGUCGAGCUUGUCAUAUUGAGUAAUCACGGACAUCCUAAAUAUACAUGUAUUUAUCGCUUUCGAGUUCAUGGCAAUAUGAUUAUAUGAUAGAAAUUCAGCAAUACUUUGUAGGUGCAUAUACGUAAUACAUCAUCCUUCAUACUGUUCUGUACACACUGUGCAAUUACUGUUUUACAGACGAAAUGAUUCCUAUACCUUCAUGUCGUCCUCCUAAUCAAACGUUUUACUCUGUAUUUAAGUAUUUUACACAUAUAACAUCUUAAACUAUUUGAUUUUCUUGCUUGUUUUAUGUUUAAAUAUAUUUGUUAUGUUGU